GUCCAGUCUCUCAAAAGCAGAUGAAAACAACUCAGAAGAGGUUCAGGAGAAUGUAGUAGAUCGCCAGGCCAACCCCAGAUGUUUGUGCCCGCCGCUGAAGACGACAGAAAACCCGACUGCGAUGUUUUGGAGAAGCAAGUGGUCGGAGAGGAACGCUCCAACUUGAAGAGAAGUCAAGACACCAACGACAAUAGGCCCAGCUGCGGCACGGCGGACGUCAAGGAGUCGGCGGCGGGUUUACCGGUCAAGAAGAAGCGAAGGAUGGGUAUGUGUGGUCUGACAGAGACGGAACGGAGUCACAUUCUACAGGCACAGCAGCGGGAGAGUGUGGAGGAGGGAGCAGGGAGCGCAGGAAAAUCCGUAUGUGAUGAAACCGCUGAGCCUUUAGCUUCAGAGGACGAUGUCCCCCCAAACUAUUUACACUCCACACCUCCUCAUGCCUCAGCAGACGUCAGAAAGGAAAGGGAGGAAGAGCCACAGCCUGAUGAUCACCAAGCUGAAACCGAAGUCCACAGUUCUGUGACCGACACGGACGGAACCGGUACCACAAGUAAUCCAGGAUGUUCAGAGGAAAGAGAUUCUGAGGCUAAAGACGGAUCUCUGACUGAUCCAGAACUAAAUGGCAACACAGAACCAAUUCAACUCGCACAGGAAGGGGAAGAGAAACAUCUGGAGAACCUGCAGCCACCAAAAGUCAAGGACGUCGCUCUAGUGCCUGAAAUCCAAACCAAAACAGAGGAAGAUUUGUCCCCAAGAGAACAAACAAAUUCUCUCCACGCUUUCAUUGCAAAGCAGGAGGAGGAAAGUGACUCUGACGCGGCUCAUCCACACAGGUGCAGUGUGAACGGGACAGCAGAUGAAAGCAAACUGGAGGUGACUGAUGGGAAUGGUGGUGGUGGUGAAGAAGGAGCUUCCUCUGCAGCGACUCAAUCUGCAGAAUUGAACUGUGAGGCUUCACUGGCUCCCACUGCCCAAGAGAUGAGUAACAGCUGUGAUCCGAAUGAUGAUGAUGAUGCUGCUGGUCCCUCUGUCGUCCACACGGAGCGCGCUCCAACCAGGAAUCCGGAGGACUCGUCGGGCUCUGGAGUCUUAGAUUACGUGUCGGACUCGCAGCUCAACACCAUUGUUCUCAUUGAGGAAAUGAAGGAAGGACCUGAUCCAUCGGGUCAUCUUGAAGAUGCCACAGAGCUGAUCUGUGGACUGAUCAGAGAACUCUCCUCUCUGAACCGAAAGGUUAUGGUCGCCCAUCGAGAACUGGAGAACCUGCGGCGUAAACCUUCAAGAAGCUCUGUACGUUAA